UCGUCAUCAGUCGUGCAAAAUGGCGACCACGAACGACUCGAAGGCGCCAUUGCGCCUUGUAAAAAGAGUACAAUUCGGAAUAUUAUCUCCAGAUGAAAUUCGACGAAUGUCAGUCACAGAAGGGGGCAUCCGCUUCCCGGAAACGAUGGAAGGCGGAAGGCCUAAACUUGGAGGCCUUAUGGACCCUCGACAAGGGGUGAUUGAUAGAAGUUCAAGGUGCCAGACUUGUGCUGGUAACAUGACAGAGUGUCCAGGUCACUUUGGCCACAUAGAUUUGGCAAAACCAGUUUUUCACAUAGGUUUUAUAACAAAAACAAUAAAAGUAUUGAGAUGUGUCUGCUUUUAUUGUUCUAAGCUGCUCGUGAGUCCGACAAAUCCAAAGAUUAAAGAAGUCAUCAUGAAAUCAAAGGGCCAGCCUCGUAAACGUCUGACAUAUGUUUAUGAUUUAUGUAAAGGAAAAAAUAUUUGUGAAGGCGGUGAGGACAUGGAUAUUGGCAAGGAAGGAGAAGAGGCAAAAAAGAGUUCAGGUCAUGGGGGUUGUGGGCACUACCAACCAUCCAUUAGAAGGCAAGGCUUGGAUCUCACAGCAGAAUGGAAGCACGCAAAUGAAGAUACACAGGACAAAAAAAUUAUCAUUACUGCAGAGAGAGUGUAUGAGAUUCUAAAACACAUUACAGAUGAUGAGUCUUUUAUAUUAGGUAUGGAUCCUAAAUUUGCAAGACCAGACUGGAUGAUUGUCACAGUUCUCCCAGUUCCACCUCUAGCUGUUAGACCAGCAGUUGUUAUGUUUGGAUCAGCUAAAAAUCAAGACGAUUUAACUCAUAAACUUGCAGAUAUUAUCAAAGCUAAUAAUGAAUUAAUGAGAAAUGAACAAUCAGGAGCUGCUGCACAUGUGCUCACAGAUAACAUUAGAAUGUUACAGUUUCAUGUUGCUACUUUUGUAGAUAAUGAUAUGCCUGGAAUGCCAAAGGCUAUGCAAAAAUCUGGAAAACCAUUAAAAGCUAUAAAAGCACGAUUAAAAGGCAAAGAAGGCAGAAUCAGAGGAAAUCUUAUGGGAAAGCGUGUCGACUUUUCAGCCCGUACUGUCAUUACACCCGAUCCAAACUUGCGCAUUGAUCAAGUAGGGGUACCCAGAUCCAUUGCGCAAAAUUUAACAUUCCCUGAAUUAGUUACGCCUUUUAACAUUGAUAGGAUGCAUGAAUUGGUUCGCCGAGGAAAUGCUCAAUAUCCAGGUGCAAAAUAUAUUGUGCGUGAUAAUGGUGAGAGAAUAGAUUUACGAUUUCAUCCUAAACCAUCCGAUUUGCAUUUGCAAUAUGGAUAUAAAGUGGAACGUCAUUUGAGAGAUGAUGAUUUGGUUAUCUUCAACCGACAACCAACUCUACACAAGAUGAGUAUGAUGGGUCAUAGGGUGAAAGUUUUGCCUUGGUCAACAUUCCGUAUGAAUUUAAGUUGUACUUCACCUUAUAAUGCUGAUUUUGAUGGGGAUGAAAUGAAUUUACAUGUACCACAAUCCAUGGAAACUCGUGCUGAAGUAGAAAAUAUUCAUAUCACACCAAGACAGAUUAUUACGCCGCAAGCUAAUAAGCCAGUUAUGGGUAUUGUGCAGGAUACAUUAACAGCUGUACGUAAAAUGACAAAAAGAGAUGUAUUUCUUACCAAAGAACAAGUUAUGAAUCUGCUUAUGUUUUUGCCUACUUGGGAUGGAAAAAUACCUCAACCAUGCAUUUUAAAACCUCAGCCACUCUGGACUGGAAAACAAAUAUUUACAUUAAUCAUCCCUGGAAAUGUUAAUAUGGUUCGAACACAUUCCACACAUCCAGAUGAAGAAGACGAUGGACCAUACCAUUUGAUUUCACCCGGUGACACUAAAGUUAUUGUUGAGCAUGGUGAAUUGCUAAUGGGUAUUUUGUGUAAGAAGUCUCUUGGUGCAUCGGCAGGUUCUUUGUUGCAUAUAUGCAUGUUGGAAUUAGGACAUGAAACUGCUGGACGCUUUUAUGGUAAUAUUCAAACAGUUAUUAAUAAUUGGCUGUUACUUGAGGGUCACUCAAUCGGUAUCGGAGAUACUAUUGCUGAUCCACAGACAUAUCAAGAGAUUCAGCGAGCUAUUGUUAAAGCUAAAGAUGACGUCAUAGAAGUAAUUCAGAAAGCUCACAAUAUGGAACUAGAACCUACUCCAGGUAAUACUUUAAGGCAAACAUUCGAAAAUCAAGUGAAUCGUAUAUUAAAUGACGCUCGUGAUAAAACAGGAGGCUCUGCUAAGAAAUCACUUACAGAAUACAAUAACCUCAAAGCUAUGGUGGUUGCAGGAUCCAAAGGAUCAAAUAUUAAUAUUUCUCAGGUUAUUGCUUGUGUGGGUCAGCAAAACGUUGAAGGAAAGCGUAUUCCAUUUGGUUUUCGUAAAAGAACAUUGCCACAUUUCAUUAAAGACGAUUAUGGUCCUGAAUCAAGAGGUUUUGUCGAGAAUUCUUAUCUUGCUGGUUUGACUCCUUCCGAAUUCUAUUUCCACGCCAUGGGUGGUCGUGAAGGUCUUAUUGAUACUGCCGUAAAGACUGCUGAGACAGGAUAUAUUCAACGACGUUUGAUAAAGGCUAUGGAGUCUGUAAUGGUACACUAUGAUGGUACUGUUCGAAAUUCUGUAGGACAAUUAAUUCAGUUAAGAUAUGGAGAAGAUGGUUUAGCAGGAGAAACUGUAGAAUUCCAGAGUCUUCCUACGAUAAAGCUGUCGAAUAAAGCUUUUGAAAGGAAGUUCAAAUUUGAUCCAACAAAUGAAAGAUAUUUAAAGAGAAUUUUUAAUGAGGAUAUCAUUAAAGAAUUAACAGAAUCUGGAUAUGUGAUUUCUGAUCUUGAAAGUGAAUGGGCACAGUUAAACAAGGAUCGGGAAAACCUAAGGCAAAUUUUCCCAAGUGGUGAGUCUAAAGUUGUAUUGCCCUGUAACUUCAGAAGAAUGAUUUGGAAUGUACAAAAGAUUUUUCAUAUUAACAAGAGACUGCCUACAGAUUUGAGCCCAAUUAAAGUUAUACAGGGUGUUAAAGAGCUAUUAAACAAAUGUGUAAUUGUGGCUGGAGACGAUCGGCUAUCUAAGCAAGCUAAUGAAAAUGCUACUCUACUUUUCCAAUGUUUAGUGAGGUCGACCCUCUGCACAAAAUUUGUAUCUGAAGAUCACAGGUUGUCAAGUGAGGCUUUUGAGUGGUUAAUUGGAGAAAUCGAAACACGCUUCCAACAAGCGCAAGUGAAUCCUGGUGAAAUGGUUGGUGCUUUAGCUGCACAAUCACUUGGAGAACCUGCUACUCAGAUGACAUUAAACACCUUCCACUUUGCUGGUGUAUCGUCCAAAAACGUAACUCUUGGUGUCCCACGUCUAAAGGAAAUCAUUAACAUUUCAAAGAAACCUAAAGCUCCCUCACUAACAGUUUUUCUUACUGGAGGAGCAGCUAGAGAUGCAGAAAAAGCCAAAAAUGUUUUGUGUCGACUGGAACAUACAACUUUGCGUAAAGUUACCGCAAAUACUGCUAUAUACUAUGAUCCUGAUCCUCAAAAUACAGUUAUUGCUGAAGAUCAAGAAUUCGUCAACGUUUAUUAUGAAAUGCCUGAUUUUGACCCCACUAAGAUUUCGCCCUGGUUGUUACGUAUUGAAUUGGACCGAAAGAGAAUGACAGAUAAAAAAUUAACCAUGGAACAGAUUGCCGAGAAGAUAAACGCUGGAUUUGGAGAUGACUUAAAUUGUAUCUUCAAUGACGAUAAUGCUGAAAAACUUGUGUUACGUAUUAGGAUUAUGAACAACGAAGAGAGUAAAUUCCAGGACAAUGAUGAGGAAACAGUUGAUAAAAUGGAAGAUGAUAUGUUCCUCAGAUGCAUAGAAGCUAAUAUGUUAUCAGAUAUGACAUUGCAAGGAAUCGAAGCUAUAGCUAAAGUGUACAUGCACUUGCCACAAACAGAAGCGAAAAAGCGUAUCACUAUAACAGAGCAAGGAGAAUUCAAAGCUAUCGCAGAGUGGUUAUUGGAAACAGAUGGUACUUCAUUGAUGAAAGUUCUAUCAGAACGUGACGUCGAUCCAAUAAGGACAUUUAGUAAUGACAUUUGUGAAAUAUUCCAAGUACUCGGAAUUGAAGCUGUGAGAAAGUCAGUAGAAAAGGAAAUGAAUGCUGUCUUGCAGUUCUAUGGCCUAUACGUAAAUUAUCGACACCUUGCCUUACUUUGUGAUGUUAUGACUGCGAAAGGACAUCUUAUGGCUAUUACUCGUCACGGUAUUAACAGACAAGAUACUGGAGCAUUAAUGAGAUGCUCCUUUGAGGAAACAGUAGAUGUCUUACUAGAUGCGGCUAGUCAUGCUGAAGUAGAUCCUAUGAGAGGUGUUUCUGAAAAUAUAAUUAUGGGGCAAUUACCUAGAAUGGGAACUGGAUGUUUUGACUUGUUACUUGAUGCUGAGAAGUGUAAACAUGGAAUGGAAAUGGGAGGACUAACAGUAGGCAUGGGAGUUGGUGGAGGGAUGUACUUUGGUGUUGGUACACCUUCGAUGACUCCUUUGAUGACACCUUGGUCUAAUCAGAACACUCCUGGAUAUGGUAGUAGUGUUUGGUCUCCCGGUCAAGUUGGAAGCAGUAUGACUCCAGGAGGUCCUUCAUUUUCACCGUCAGGAGCUUCUGAUGCUUCGGGAUUAUCUCCGGCCUAUAGUAGUUCCUGGUCGCCUCAACCUGGAUCACCUGGCUCACCUGGAGCUCCAUUAUCGCCCUAUGCUUCACCAGCCGGAGCUUCACCUUCAUACUCUCCGACAAGUCCUGUAUAUGUUGCGGCUUCACCUAGUCUUACUCCUACUUCUUCACACUACUCACCAACCACUCCGUCUUAUUCCCCAGCUUCACCUAAUUAUUCUCCAACAUCGCCUAAUUACUCUCCUACCUCCACUAUAUACUCGCCUUCGUCACCCGGCUAUUCUCCGACAUCGCCGGGCUAUUCCCCUUCAUCGCCAUCAUAUCCUCCAACAUCCCCCAGCUAUUCACCCACAUCGCCUAGUUAUUCACCGACGAGUCCUGCAUAUUCACCUACAUCUCCCAGUUAUUCUGCCACUUCUCCUAGAUAUUCACCAACAAGUCCAUCCUAUUCACCCGCCAGUCCUUCUUAUUCACCUACCAGUGCGGCCUAUUCGCCGUCAUCUCCUGGAUAUUCACCGUCAUCACCCAGUUAUUCGCCAACAAGUCCUGCCUACAGCCCAGCAUCUCUUAGCUAUUCACCAUCUUCGCCAAAUUUCCCUCCAGCAGCACCGGCUUAUUCGCCCACAAAUCUAUCAUAUUCUCCAACAUCGCCGGUAUAUUCUCCGACUUCACCAAGUUACUCACCCUCAUCGCCGCAAUAUUCACCGUCACCGAGCUAUUCGCCGACAUCACCGUCACAUGCUGGAGGAAGUCCCACAUAUUCACCUACAAGUCCACAAUAUUCUCCAAAGAGUCCUCAAUACUCGCCGACCAGUACGGCAUAUUCACCGUCAUCACCUCAGCAUCCAGGAAGUACUAGAUAUUCACCUUCUUCACCUAAUUACUCGCCUUCAUCUCCAAAAUACUCUCCUUCGUCGCCUAGCUAUUCACCGUCAUCAACCAAAUAUUCUCCGACUUCACCAACAUCACCAAAUUACACUCCUACAUCUCAUACAUAUUCUCCUACAUCGCCUGCUUAUUCGCCUUCUUCAGUUGGUCCAUCAACCUACUCGCCGACAUCACCUAAUUACUCACCCACUUCACCUUCACACGACGAUGGUGAUGAUUAAGGCUUAGACUUAAGAUCUAUAAAUAAGUAAAUAUUAAUAAAUAAAGACGUAUAAAAACAAAAAUAUUGAUGUUAGUAUGUACCUUAAAUAAUUAUUUGCGGAGCAUUCAUUUUGUUACUUUUUUAAGAAUUGCUUGCGAUAAUUAUGAGAAUAAGUUAAUAUAGUUAUUAACUAGACGUAAUUUAAUUUUUUUCUGAAUGUCUUUGUAAAAUGAUUUAACAUAAAAGGUAGAAUACAAAUUAUUCCACAGUUUAUACCACUUAUUUACUUGUCGUGUGCAUAGGUUGUGUUGUUUUGGGAAUAAAAAUCAUGCGUUCGCGGUAAUCGCCAAAAAAGUCGUAAUAAUUUUGUUAUUAUAUUGCGCAAACUCGACUCGCGAUCACCCAUAAUUAAUUAUAUAUAAGUUUAUUACUUACAUUAUAAUAAUUGAUUAUUAUUAUUUGAUUGAAUAAUUGAUUAUUAUAAUGUUUUUGGAAGACUAGAACAUAAGCUAUUGUAUAAACUAGCUAAGAGGCCUUUUAGGACUUAUCUGCUAAAAGUGUAUCAACAUUUAAUAUGACUGCGUAGUAGUUAAAACUACAACCAAAACGACUCUCUUCGCAUGUUCAUUCAGAAAACCAGACUUCAGAGCCGUACGUGCUAUGUAGGUACAUACUUUGAUUUAGUGGACACUUUUAAGCAGAAGUUGCAUUUUUGAUAAACUUUAGUCAUUAUUACAUCUAUCGCCAGCUAUUGUUCAGCAUGUACGCGUUUUUGAUACUUAUGUAUAAAGUAACGGACUAAAAUUCUUUAUACAAAAAAUUUUAGGCUGUUAUGUAUACAGCGUACAUUGACAUGCAAAAUGAGACGAAAUAUUUGUACAACAUUGCACUAAGAAUUCUUCACUCAUUUUAAUUGUUUCCUAAGGUUUCACUCUUCAGACUUAUGAAACAAUAAAACGAGACAGACUUAAGCACAAUUAAAGUUAAGCUGGUUUUACAGACCUCACAGCCUGUGCCAGCCUUAAUACACACAAACAACAUUCACAACUUUCAUACUAUUACCCCUGUACCCUGCAAAUAUUAAUUAUAAUUUGAGAUGGAUAUAAUUAAAAUGGUAUAUUCUUAUUAAUUAAUUAUUUUACUCUCAGGGCCCAGCCCCACAACGCUUAAAUGUGUGAAGCAAUGUGGCGGCGCGGCCUGUCCUUAUGUACUCAUAAAAAAUUCUUGGCAUUCGGUAGUUUUAUGUAAUAAAACCAAACCAACUUUUCUCUGAUUUGCUGCAACACAUCUUGCCAAGCGCGAGGGCUUUUCCGACCACUACUAGGUACUACAGUGGUUUGAUUUUUAUUGGUUAUUAGCAUUUUGAAGUUACUACAAGACACACGUUGAAUAAUGACAGACGAAAACGAUAGUGAAAGCAAUGAUAUAGAAUUAUUAGGAAAGAACGUCCUAGUUUGUAUGUGUUAUUUAUGAUCCAUUGAAUAAAGAAAUAUUUUUUGA